AUGGCCAAGCCCAUGAAUAGAACUGGCACAGUUCAAACAUGCCGUCACAUCAAACGUUGGGUCUCUCCGACGUUACGUGAGCUCGCACACCGCGUACAGAAACUAGGACCCCAAAAACCAGAGCCCCGUGCAGGCUUCAUCGAAUGGAAUUACCGCUCUGAGCUGUUUGCUUUUGGCAAGCGUUUAAAUGAGGAGUUCCAACUACCCCUGCUACAGACCGCAUUUACAGAGCGCACAUACGCGCAUCAGGAACAGGAGCGACAACGGAAACUGGGUAUUGCUGAGUCGGAUUUGCAUACAGCUGACAAUGUUGAACUUGCUGCCAAGGGAGCACAUAUUGCCAAAGCCUAUAUUGACGCGUAUGUUCAGCAUUCGUUGCCCAAAGUGCCGGUGAUUGGCAAAAAAGCGAUUACUUCAUACCUGCUGAGCACGGAAACUUUAGCUCACGUCUCCACACAUUUGGGCACCAAGGAUUUAAUCUUUGCCAGCGAGUACCCGCCCAGCAAUGAAACGCUGGCGAAUACACUGAAUGCUGUGAUUGGUGCCUUAGCGGAUUCAAGUGGCGUGGAGCGCGCUUUUCUCUUUGUGCGCGAUUUCAUUUGCACGCAGCUUAAUCAAAAGGAUUUGCUGGAUAUAUGGACACCAGAGCAACCACUGCAGUUGCUAGACGAAGUGUGUGCGCAGCGCAAGCUGGGUGAGCCAGAGCCCCGCCUGCUGGGCGAUUGCGGCAAGAACACAGUGCUGUCCGCAUUCCAUGUGGGCAUCUAUUCCAAUCGCCAACUGCUUGGCAAGGGAUUCGGCGAAGAUGUGAAGACAGCUACAGAGACAGCAGCAAUCGACGCACUGCAAACCCUCUUCGAUCUUCACGACAAUCGACGUCCAUUCGAUUUCGGGAUUCAACUGGAGACGAAACAUGUGAGGCUAGAGGCGUAGAUAAUUUGAGAGAUCAAAUGAGAUGUUCGUUAAAUAUAUAUUUUUAAUUUGUCCUAAACACAUGUACUUCCUGAAUGAUGAAUAUAUUAACUUGGUUGAGUUGCAAAUAUGGCAAACUACGAUAAUAACAACUCUGCUAGUAAAUCUGCUUAAUCGCUGUCAUCGCGUGUCGACGACGCUCCACCAACGGGUGGCGCAUUAACAUCGUCUGGUUUCGAUUCCAGCGAAAAGGGCGGUAUCUUGCAGUCGAAGGAGUAACCAUCCUCACGUUCCAAACGGAAGGUACCCCACAUAUGACCACUGGGCGCCUGCAGGCUCACAUGACUACUGUACUGGAACGCGGGCAAUCGUGGACUGAGUAUGGGCUCCUGGCCAACAACCCCGCGUCCACGCACCGUCUCCAAAGUGCCCGACAAUGAGAAGAUACGCCAAUGUCGCUCACGCAGCUGAACGCUCAGCUCACCCAGAUUCUCCAAGCGAAUGCAGUAACGCCACUAAAAGGAAAGAAGAAACCAUUUGUUAGGUGUAUUUCUAGCAAUCCUCUCCGGCUCUAACUCACCCAGUAGACGGAAGAGGCAGGCGUCUCGCGGCAACCCAUAUAGAAGGGUAUGACGGUGAUGCGAACAUUCUCCGUGGUCUCCUUGUGAACAUCGCUCAUGUCCAGCCAAGGAUGAUUCUUCUCUUGCCACGCCUUGAGCGUUUCUUGGCUCACAAAAGGCGGCUCGGCGUCUGG